AUGCCAUACAUUUUGCAGUUCGCCCCUUUUUUGACUCAGAUAAUGUCAUUUUUGGGCGUUAAUUCUAUGCAGGAGAUUGAUGUCGCAAGUAUGCUGGAGAGUUAUUUACCUGUUGUCCGUAAGAUCACGGAACAAUUUAAAGACCCAUCGAAAACGACCUUCGUUUGUGUGUGUAUCCCCGAAUUCCUCAGCAUGUAUGAAACUGAACGCCUUGUUCAGGAACUAACUGCCCAAGAGAUUGAUGUGCACAACAUUAUCAUCAACCAACUUCUCUUUCCCAAACCGAUUCUGGAUGCAGAAGGCAACCCGAUUCCCGAACAUAUCGAUGAUGAGCCCAGGUCCUCCUGCCGAAUGUGUUUAGCACGAGAGCGCAUUCAGACGAAGUAUCUUGGACAGAUUCUGGAGCUCUACGAGGACAUGCACGUGAUGCAGCUUCCUCUACUUGAGGAGGAGGUUCGAGGCUUCGAUCAAGUGCGGAACUUCUCCGAGCACCUUAUGAAGCCUUUCAGGCGCUAA